AUGAAGUUUCCGGUUUACACCGGCCCUCUUUUGGUCGCGUUGGCAUACUGCCAUCCGGUGGUAGGGGCCAACACCACCGAUACUCCUCCUACACUCCAAUUGAGCACAACCAGCGAGUUCAAUUUUCAAUUUCUCAUUGCCCUUACCGAUGCUACAACUGGUGGGGCGGACAUCGCCCCUGUCUUAGGCGCCGCCAAAGACAUCAAAGCAGGAGACAUGGCCAGUUUUGCUCACCAAUUUUACAAACUCGCCAACGCAACCAAGGCUCAAGCAGAAGACCCAAGCAAUGCGUUUGAUCCAAUCAAUGUCAGAGACACCUGGUUCUCGGCUGCCCAGUACUUCCGUCGAGCAGACUUCUACGGGCACCGAAAUUGGAGCAACCCGCUCAUCAACAAGCUAUGGGAAGAACAGACUGCAGCAUUCAACAAAGGGCUAGCCGCCCUCCCCAGCCCUGGCAAGCGGGUUCAAAUACCCGCGAAAGAGGGCAAUUUCACAAUCGAGGCCAUUUGGUACAGUGCGCCCGACAGCGACGACCGGAAACUGCCAACGCUUAUCAUCGGCAAUGGAUUCGACGCGGCGCAGGAGGACUCGUAUCAUCAAUUCGUCGCGCCCGCCCUAGCUCGAGGUUGGAACUGCAUCACCUACGAAGGCCCGGGCCAACCCACAGUGCGCCGGAACCAAAACAUUGGAUUCAUCCCGCAAUGGGAGAAGGUGGUCACCCCGGUCGUAGACUGGGUAUUUUCUGAAAAGGCAGAUGUCGUGGAUGCCAACAGCCUGGUCCUUAUUGGAAACUCCUUCGGUGGAUAUCUAGCAGCCCGAGCCGCGGCUUUCGAGCCCCGGAUUUCGGCAACAGUCCUUCUCGGCGGAGUCUGGGAUGCCUAUGCUGCGUUCUCAUCUCAGUUUCCAUCCGAAAUUAUCGGGCUGUACGAAGCCGGCAAUCACACUGCGUUCGAUCGUCUGAUCCACCAGUUGCGGGAUAAUGGCAAGCUUCCCGUUACUGCCGCUUGGGGUGUCGAUCAAGGCUUGUGGUCGUUUUACACACACUCGCCCUCUGAUUUUCUUACUCUAAGCAAGGGAUUCCGCUUGAAGGAAGUCGUUGAUAAAAUGAGCGCACCUGUUUUCGUGGGCGAUGCAGAAUUCGAGAACUUCUUUCAAGGGCAGCCGCAAUUGGUGAAGGAUGCUUUGGGUGACAAGGGCACUCUCCACAGGUUCAAUGGAGUUGCUGGCUACCAUUGUCAAACUGGUGCUGGGCAGGAACUUAUGAGAACCAUGUUUGCAUGGAUCAAUAAGACUCUGAAUCAAUAG